UGAAAGUUGCGUAGCAGAGAUGCCCAUACUUCGCUAGAUCGCUAAGUAAAUAUUUCAGGAUUGCAUACGUUCGUUUUGAUCACCUGUUCAAGAUGCACCACCAUUUAAGACUGCAAAACUGAACUGAUGAGCAUCAAUUCAAAUGGCGAGGAUGAAGAUGAUCUGCUUCUUACUCCUGAAGAAGAUUUAAAUUUAAAAAUUAGUAAACAAAAUAUGGGACUUUUAUCUGUCGAAAAUGUGAGAAGAUAUUACUUUUGGGCCACACAGUUUAUUGGUUUACUGAUUGUGUGUUUAACCCUAGUUCAUAUAAUUCAACAUAAAAAUGGUUUUGGUGGUAGAAGCUAUCCAAAGCUUGAAUUUAAUUGGCAUUACAUUUUCAUGAUGCUUGGAUUCACAUACUUUUUUGCUAACGCAUUGACAGUUUUUCGAUUGAUGCCGUUGCUAUCAAAACAAAAAUUAAAAUAUAUUCAUUUGGGAACAAAUGGAGCAGUUAUUUUUUGUGCUGCUCUUGGACUGUUUUUCGUAAUAGAUGAAAGAGAUAUUCUAGGGAAAGCACAUUUUCAAUCACUUCACAGCUGGAUAGGAAUAUUUACCAUUGGACUCCUCGUGGUUCAGUUUAUUCUUGGAAGUGUGUUUUACUUAUCUCCAAAAAUCUCACUUUCUUACAAAGAAGCUAUGAUGCCAUGGCAUGUAAAAAUUGGAAUCUCAGCUUUUAUCCUUGGUAUAGGUGCAAUCAUUACUGGACUGAAAAAAGGAAGUUCAGAUUCUGAGAGACUUCUUAUCAACUUUACCGGAGCAUUCGUCAUAAUUUAUUGUUUUUUUAUUUUGCAUGUAUUAAAUGACACCAAAUAUAAGUUUAAUUACAGAUUGAGAUAGAUCUAUAUAUAAUUAAUUAACUAUGUACAUUAAUAAUUAUUGUAAAAAAAUCUAUUCUAAACUUAAAAUAAGUUGACCAUAAUACCUAAUCUAUGAUAUUAAAUUUUAAAUGAUAGUUUACCAUCCAUGUUUUCAAAUUUAUACUUAAGCAAAAGUUUAUUUAAUUUUUAUAUAUUUUAUUUUGUACAAAAUACUGUAUAUAGUUUAAAUCCAUUUCUUACAAAUAUAAUAUCAUUUACAGACCUUAUUAAUUAAAAU